GUAUGACAGGGAUGAAUUGGAAGGGAGCAGUUGGAAAAGAAAACUGGAAUAAAAUACCAGAAGGAAGUAAGAUAAAUUAGGGGGGUGGGGGCACAUGUAAAGAUUGCUAAACAAAAAAGCUAAGAGUGCCACUGUGAAUCCUGCAAACAGUUUCCUUUCUCCUCAGUUCGUUCAGACAUGAAUAAUCGCUCUAUCACCUGGUGGCUGAGACAGAUUGGUCUGCCCCAGUACACCAAGACUCUGGAGAGAGAAUAUUAUGGUCUGGAGGGUUUGCUGUAUGUAACGGAUGGAGAGCUGAGGGAAGCUGGUAUAGAGGAUGCAACACACAGAGAGACAAUCCUCACCCAGCUUUCAAGAGAUCGACAGAGGCUGGACCCACUUUCUGGUUCAUUUCAACCACACAGAUAUGACUGUGAUGAUCAGGUUGUGAAACACAAAGUCAGUCGACAAUAUUCCCUGGGAUCAUCAUCGGACCUGCCAAAGGAUCUGUUUCGUCAGCGCGUUUUUCCCCGCCUCCAUCGCAUUGACAAGAAACACCGUUUGUCGGCUUCCUGCUCGCAGCUCCGCCCACUAGAUGAGGACAAUGCUCUCAGUCAAGAGGGAAAAUACAGCAAGAGGAAGAGUAUCAGCGCAUACUUCAGCCACCUCAAGAUGUUUGGUGGUCGGAAAGAGAUGGACAUUCUGAAGAAGGAGCUUGAAGAGGAGCUGAAGCUAAGCACUGAGGAUCUGAGAAGCCAUGCCUGGUACCACGGAUCGCUGAGACGACAGGCUGCAGAGUCUCUAUUUGAGAGGGACGGGGACUUCCUGGUCCGAGACUCAUCCUCCACUCCUGGAGACUACGUUCUAAGCUGUUUCUGGAAGAAUGGUCCGCACCACUUUAAGAUCAUAAAAGUAGUUCUUCGGCCUAAAAAGGGUUACUCCCGGGAGCUGUUCCAGUUUGAGGAAGAUCGCUUCGACAACAUUCCCGCUUUGAUCCGAUUUUAUGUGGGCGGAAAUCAACCCAUCUCAAAGACUUCAGGGGCCAUCAUCUCCCACCCGAUCAAUCGGACCCUUCCUCUGCGUGUGAUCAGUGAGGGUCACAUGGAGCUUAAAAACAGCAGCACUUUAGGCAGAGCGAGAGAAAACCAAGGUGGGAGCAGCAAAAGGCGCAGCCUGAGCUCCUCCCAACAGGACACACUGCAGGUCAUCAAUCCACUGCUAAGGAGUGGAAGCCAGCCUGCUAACUUGGAAAAUGUUGGACGAAGGCCUUCACUUCAGUCUGCACAGUCUGACAGCAAUCUGCGAACUGGUGCUCCAGAGACAAUCCCACCAGAUGACACAGACUCCGACCCCAUUUCUCCUGUGUUUCGCACAGGCAGCGAACCCCUGCUGAGCCCAAGACCACAUCACACGCGCCCCUCCCAUCCAGGUGGUGGUGCAACGUUGAGAGGUUCAGAUGGGCAGCUGCAUCCCAGAGCUCCUCCCAAGCCCCUAAGGAUCUCCACCGUCUUCUCCAACGCCUCACCUCUUCCUUCCACAGACCCAGAUGAAGACCCCUCAUCGUACUACAGUGAGCUCAUCAUACGGGUCCCUCAGUCUCAGAGGAAGGGCCAUGUGGACCGGCUGCGUGCGGAGGAGAAGUGGCAGAGCCGAGCUCGCCUCACAGAGACGUCCUUUGGGUUCUUGGAGGCUCAGAACAACGAACUGUCCUCACAGCUGCUGUUUCAGAAAGAGCUCCAAAGGAAAGCAGCAGAGGAAAAGAGAGACUGGCAUUUUGAACGACCACAUAUCGAGACGUCAUCUUGUUUCCAGUUGGACCAGUUCACCUCGCUGCUCUUGCCGGAUCACAACAGGCCUUUGGAGUCGAAUGUUUUGCUCGCUGUCAAAGAGCUCUUCAGCCGAUCUGACACCAAAACUCUUGCUCUGCACAUGCUCAGUGUUGACUGUCAGGUGGCACGCAUUGUUGGUGUGACUGAUGAGCAGAAGAGGAUUAUGGGAGUGAAUUCGGGACUGGAGCUUGUUACUCUGCCACAUGGACAUCAGUUACGGCAGGACUUGCUGGAAAGGCAUCAUCUGAUAACCCUUGGUGUGGCAGUAGACAUACUGGGCUGUACGGGGACGGUGAACCAGAGAGCAAUGGUUCUGCACAAAGUAAUCCUGUUGGCUCAGGCCCUGAAAGAACAUGUGUACAACCUUUUCUCCUUCUCAGCUGUUAUGAAGGCUCUGGAGAUGACUCAGAUCGUGCGGCUUGAGAUGACAUGGCGAGCGCUCAGGAGGAACCACACAGAGAGUGCAGUUUUGUAUGAGAAGAAACUCAGACCGUUCAUGAACUCAUUGAAUGAAGGAAAUGAUUCUGUAGUCCAGGGUCCCAUUGCUGUGCCACACCUGUUUCCUCUUCUCAUGCUGAUGGAGGGAGAGGACCCGGUGGAAAACAAUGAGCGGGGGUGCCAGGUGCUGUUCAAUGUCCUCCAAUCAGCACGCAGCGCUGCAUUACACUCCCAGAUUUACCAGAAGCAUGCGCAGACCCUGCUCACAGACUGGACUCCAGUCCCGGAACUGCUGGAGACUUUCCGGACAGAGUUCGCCCUGCGGUUGUUCUGGGGGCAGCAGGGGGCGGCCGCAGACAAAAAGGAGCGAUACGAGAAGUUUGACAAGAUCCUUUGUGUUCUCUCCGAUAAACUGGAACCUGUGGAGGUCUCUCCACAACAACCGGGCACUUUAACCUGAACCAGUUACUACACAAGGAAGCUGGCAACUGGACUUCCUCAUCAGUGGAACGCAUCAGUGACCCUUGAUGCGUUCAGAAAUGGAGAAUAUUGCAGCGGUGAGAUGUUAACUGACAGAGAUGAAGGACUCUGUAAAGUUUGUCAGAUGACUACUUAAUUUUAUCUGGAGUUUAUCUAUGAGCAGACUCUCACUGUGAAAAGACUGAGUAUUUUUUUUGUUAACAGAAAGUCUGAAAAAGAUUUAUGAAAAACUUUUUUUAUUACUUUAGGUUUUAAUUUAGCAACUUGAACAUUUUCCUGCUGAGCUGUUGGUUCCAUUCACCCUUGAAUGAUUGUUUUAUGGGACUUCAUUGUAAAUGUUUUUCAUUUCAGGAUGCACAAUUCAAUAAAAUGCUUUACUUUAAA